AUGGCCCGUGGAAAUCAAAGAGAAAAGGCUCGUGAAAAAAAUCAAAAAAAACAACAAAAAGUUCCCAAGAAAAAAGAGGACGGAGUCACUUUCAAGAAACGUGCAGAAAGAAGGUUUGCUUAUGGACGUAUAUGGGCCGCGAUUUAUGGCUCGAUUCGUUCAUUUGCAAUUUUUGAACCUUCAUUCCACGAAAGCAAAAAAAGGAUAAGAAAUAACAUAAGUUAG